AUGCGUUCUAUCAUCCUCGGAGCUUCCCUUUCGUUUCUUUGCGCAGUUGGCGUAGAGGCUGUCCCUCACUCUACCAGGGCUUCCUCUACCAGGGCUUCCUCUACCAGGGCUUCCUCUACCAGGGCUUCCUCUACCGCUGCAGUCCCCACCCCAACUCAGGCUAUCAAUAUCAAAAACCUGGCUGCAUCGGUAGGCGGCGAUACGCAACUGUCGACAGGCAGCAGCAAUUUCUCGGUAAAGAACCUGGCUGUAUUGACCAACCAGACAACCACGGGAGUUUGGAUGGAUCUUACGUGCACUCCUGAUAUCACCGACGCCACACUGGAUCCCACCGCUCGUUGGAAUGCAGCCGGAGCUAGCGAUGCCCUUAACGACGCCAUCUCUGCCUGGAAUACUUAUGGGAUCAACACUGGCUUGGGCUUCCCUGAGUUUAUUAGCAGCUAUUUUACUGGCCCUGACAACUGGAACUGCAAAGAUAUCGGCAACACUCCUUGCUCCACGGUGUUGACCUGUAAUCAGGCCCUGUAUCCCGCGGGCUCUCUCGGAGAUGCCCUUAAUAUCAUGCAGAAUGAGGUUGGUACCUUUGCGAGCACCUUUGCGCCUCAGGUCAAAGAAAACCUCGAAAUAAUCAAGUUUAUUAUUGAUUCCCUUGUCAUGGUGGCUAGUAUUGGCAGCUCCUUUGCAUGGAAUAUUGCGUUGAAGGGUACCAUGAUAGCCGGGACGAAGUAUUUCUCCAUGGGCAAGGAUGUAACCAACGCAGCAGCUGUUUCUUAUGGCAGCACGAUGUAUAAGGAUUCACUGAAAUCCGCCAAAGAUGCAUUGGGCACCCAGAACAGCAUUUCCUCCGCUCUUGGCACUUACUUCUCCGGGUGGACUGGCGUUGAGAGCGAAUAUAUCAGCGCGCUAUUCAACGGAACUAAUGAUGAGCAUUCGAUUAACGCUAUUCGAGAUUUGACUUCCAGCGGUGGAAUGCUUCUACUUUCGUCCAGAGUGGACUUGACUGGCAUGACUGCGCAGGCAGCAAAGAUCCUUUACGGACAGUUGAUUCCGGCAGCUUGGUCGCAAGCCCCCGCCGGCCUCUAUCCCCGCAUUCUGCGGAAGGCUGGAGGUUGCUCUACGUCGAUCGACCCUCAGAUUCUCGAGCACACAAACAAAGAUGCCCUAGUCGGUGGAUAUGUCUGCUACAAUAACGACGCUUUCUAUGUCGUGAACGUCGAUGGAAAAAAAGGAACGAUUCCUUUCCAAGCCCUUCCUGGAGGAAACCAGCAAACUCUUAACGGCAAUGCCUGGGGCGGCGUCACCCUGGAGGAUAUCGUCGUGAGCUCGUACCAGGGAUUCCAGCGGAAUGGCAACAAAAAUGGCUAUAUAAUGCCGAAGGAGUCAAAGGAAAUUGAUGGAGCAGGCACACUGGGUGACUAUGUCUUCCAAAAUGGAAUCCGUACCCCGGGAUUCUUCAACCUGCCAAUCUGCGACGAUUUCGAUACAGCAUACAAUAAUGCUCUAUACGUCACCACAAGGGGGGAUUACUGGCCUUGUGACGCACCAGAAGGAUACAAUCCCAGUGGAACUAAUGUGGAAAUCAUGAAGCAUGUCAACUACGGAUGCAUCAAUGUGGAUGGCGAGACCCUAUGCAAGUCUAAGACUAGUUCUAUCAACAUUGCAGACCAAGGAACCGACAUCAGUAACACAACCAUCUUUGCGAGGUUCGAGGGAGCCGUCAAGACUAGUUACAAGGUUGUUCCUGGCUGCAAGCUGGUAGCUCAAUGGCCCCGCGCCUAUGGUGACAUCUAUUUUGGAGCCGAUAACUGCCUGUAUGAUUCCACCGGCACGAACAUCAACGGCCAGUGUUGCACCGAGGCGACCGAGGAGGAGGCCCUCAACCCGUACUACGGAUACUAA